AUGAUAUUAUGCAUGAUUGUAUGCGCUCCCCUCCAUUCUGCUACUGGUCUGACGGUCUCAAUUACUGGCAGACGGACUGUGGAAACUAUUUUGGAGCCGUUUUCUACUUUUGCUCUUUCUACCUCAUCAUCACUUACAUUGUCCUCAAUUUGCUUGUCGCUAUUAUUAUGGAAAACUUUUCCCUUUUUCUAUUCCUCUGAAGAAGAUGCCCUUUUGAGUUAUGCGGAUAUCCGAAAUUUCCAACAAGUCUGGAAUAUUGUUGAUACCGAACAAAGCGGUCGAUCCCUGUCCGAAGAUGCAAAUUUUCAGGUCGACCCAAACAAAGAUCGAUUGCUUUUAGGCAUAUGUGCUUUGAGAUGGAAAAGACUUCAUAAUGGUGAUGAUAUCUCAUUCCAUGAUGUUUUGAAUAUGCUUUCAUAUCGAAGUGUCGACAUUCGAAAAAGCUUGCAGCUUGAGGAAUUGGUGCAGAGAGAAGAGCUGGAAUAUAUUAUUGAAGAGGAAGUGGCCAAGCAGACAAUCCGACAUUGGCUGGAGCAUUGUUUGCGAAAGUUGAAGCAUAAGCCGGAA